AUGGUCAUGCUGACCAACCUGAAGCAGGCAGCGGCUCUGAAUGGGUCGCGAGGCAAACUGGAGCGAUUCGAUGCGGCCUCUGGCCGAUGGGAGGUAAAACUUCUCGCAAGUGGAGACGUGAAAGCAAUACGUCCCGACAACCUCCUUCCAGCUCCAGAUGCGGAGGACGCCGCUCCUCCGAGCCCCGUUCCCGACGUGGCACCGAGGUCACCUCCGCCUGCUCCGGUGCUGACUGGGCGAGCACAAGGGGCUGCUGCCCCUCGAGUUGCAGCACCGGCCCCUCCCAAGCCAGCAAGACGCACAGGGACCGUGCGGUGGUACAACGGUCGCAGGAAGCUUGGAGCGGUGAUUCCGGAUGGUGCAUCCCCAGAAGCAAACGCAGACCUCUUCAUUCCAGCUCAGGGGGCUCCCAAUGGUUCGCAGGUUCCGCCACAGCCAGGUGGGCUAUUCCACGGAACCCGGGUCAGCUUCCUCCCGAUGACGAUCAAAAGUGAUGCUGCCAACGGCAAGCAGAAGGCCGAAGUCGUCUGUAUGGAUGUCCGACCACUUGCAGGCCAGAAGGGCCUCUUGUGCGGAGUUGACACGAAUGCGGGGGCCAAGGAGCGCAACGACGAUCGGAUUGCCGCACAAGACUUGCAUGAGCUGGGCUUCCUGGCGGGCAUCUUCGAUGGGCAUCGAGGUGGAUCCUGUGCUGAGUUUGCCGCGAAGCAGGUCCCUCCGAACGUUCUCUCUGCAUACCGGUCGCGCGCUAAGCGUGAAGGAAGCUUGGUGAAGCUGACUGCUGAAAAAGAGGCGGCUCUCAUCGCGGAAGCGCUAGCGGAGAGUUUCGAGGUGACGGACAAGGCGUGGCUCGUGGCAGCAAGGAAGAAGGACAUCCAGGAGGGCUCGACGGGCAUCGUGGCCCUGGUAUCUCAUGGGUUCGCCGCACCGGUGGAGGCAAAGCUGGCUGAAGGUUGCGCGGCAUUGUGGCCAAAGACCAAGGAAACUGCUGAGAAAGAAAAGCGGCCCGGCACGGUUGCUCGUGCUCCGGGCGGUGUUGCAAAACUCUUUGUGGCUUGGGCUGGAGACUGCCGCUGUGUCCUUCUGCGCGGACGUCAAGGGCUGCGCAUAUCGGAGGAUCACAAACCCCAGCGUGCUGACGAGAAGCGGCGGGUUGAAAAAGCUGGUGGGCUCGUGGUUCGAGAUGCGCACAAAGUGUGGCGCGUCGGGCCCCGGCCAGACAACAAGUUUGCCAAGGAGCUGCAAAAGGGCAAGAGGGACCCUCAACAGAUGACUUGGUUUCUCUCAACCUGCAGAGGAUUUGGAGAUCCAACUUUCAAACACCCGGAUCCCAUAGUCAUCGUGACCCCUGACGUCAAAACCGUCGAUUUGGUUCCAGAAGACUGGGCUUGCGUCCUGGGGAGCGAUGGCAUCUUCGAUGCUCUUAGUGACCAGGAAGUUGCAGACACCAUUUGGCGGGCCAUGGCCGGCCACGGCAAGGAUGCCGUCAGGGCGGCCAAGGAGGUGGUGCAGACGGCCCUGCGAAAGGGAAGCCGUGACAACGUCACCGCUGUAAUUUGCAGAUUUGGCUGGGCGAGCCCACCAGAGAUGGACUCAACAGUCGCUGCUGUCAUGUCUUCCUCAGGGCUGGAGAACACGGCCUUCACUGCUCCAGUUGAGCCAUCGGAUGAUGUCAACAUGUUCGGGUGA